UACAGACUUUGAUUUGUGCCUGAAGACCUCUCAUUAGAAGAGAGAGAAGAACUUUUGGACAUUCGGCGAAGAAAAAAGGAACUUAUUGAUGACAUUGAGAGGCUGAAAUAUGAAAUUGCAGAAGUGAUGACAGAGAUUGAUAACCUAACUUCAGUGGAGGAGAGCAAAACUACUCAGAGGAACAAGCAAAUAGCCAUGGGAAGAAAGAAAUUCAACAUGGACCCCAAAAAGGGAAUUCAGUUUCUAAUAGAAAAUGACCUGCUACAGAGUUCCCCAGAAGACGUUGCCCAGUUCCUCUAUAAAGGAGAAGGCCUAAAUAAGACUGUCAUUGGGGACUACCUGGGUGAGAGGGAUGAAUUUAAUAUCAAAGUUCUUCAAGCUUUUGUUGAACUCCAUGAGUUUGCUGAUCUCAACCUCGUACAAGCCUUAAGGCAAUUUCUAUGGAGCUUUAGAUUGCCUGGAGAGGCUCAGAAGAUCGAUCGCAUGAUGGAGGCCUUUGCCUCACGCUACUGCCUGUGCAACCCGGGUGUCUUCCAGUCCACAGACACAUGCUAUGUGCUGUCGUUUGCCAUCAUCAUGCUCAACACAAGCCUGCACAACCAUAACGUGCGUGACAAGCCCACUGUGGAGCGGUUCAUCACCAUGAACCGUGGCAUCAACGAAGGGGGAGACCUCCCUGAGGAGCUGCUAAGGAACUUAUAUGAAAGUAUUAAGAAUGAACCAUUUAAAAUCCCAGAGGAUGAUGGGAACGACCUGACACACACGUUCUUUAACCCAGACCGGGAAGGCUGGCUCCUGAAGCUGGGAGGGCGUGUGAAGACCUGGAAGCGGCGCUGGUUCAUCCUGACCGACAACUGCCUCUACUACUUCGAGUACACCACUGACAAGGAGCCUAGGGGCAUUAUCCCACUGGAAAACCUCAGCAUCAGAGAAGUAGAAGACCCACGGAAACCUAACUGCUUUGAGCUUUACAAUCCCAGCCACAAAGGGCAGGUCAUCAAAGCCUGCAAGACAGAGGCUGAUGGCCGGGUGGUAGAGGGAAACCACGUGGUGUAUCGCAUCUCUGCCCCGAGCCCUGAGGAGAAGGAGGAGUGGAUGAAAUCCAUCAAAGCAAGCAUCAGUAGAGAUCCUUUCUAUGACAUGUUGGCAACGAGGAAAAGGAGGAUUGCCAAUAAGAAAUAGAGCUGUCCUGACCCAGCAGGUAAACUAAGAACCCAAACCGCACAGCAGAUGUGACUGGUGGCUGCCUCAACAAGACACAGGGGGCACUGGUCCCCAGAAUCAGUUGUGGCCCCAGCUGCACACCCUGAUUUCUUUGGUGUGUGUGUGGCCUGGAUCGUGAUCAGCUGUAUUUCCUCCUGUUGCUGCUUGGCUUCAGAAGCAGUGGAGGGAGCUCCCCGUGGGCAUCUGAGGCAGUGGCAGUGACCAUUCUAGAAGCUGCUGUUUUAUAUCAAAAUGGGAAUGGAAUAGCUACCAUUUUUUUAAUUCAGAAUUUUUCUCAGAUAUAUAGGAUUAUAGCUUUUAUAUGACUUUUUAUAUCCUGAAAUUAUAAUGAAAGAUACUUUCUAACAGUAGUAUUUUUAGAAUGGCAGCUAUAAAUAUAAAUAACUCCUGGACACAAGUAUAUACUGUGCACUGAAAAAAAUUUAUAUAUAUGCAGCACCCAAAGGGAGGGCUGUGGGGCACUUGCACUUGGGUGGGAGCUGCAGGGGGUGCCAUAGGUGGCUCCCGGGGAGGGAGACGCCUAGUCUUCGAGGACUAGUACACUGAGGGCCUCCAGAUGUGUAAGCCCUGCAACCCCCUCUCAGACUUUUUGGCCCUAUUCAUUAAGAUAUGGUUAUGGUUUGGAGCUGCUAUAACUGCUGAACCCUAGGAAAUGGAGCUCUUUCCCUGGGCAGAUCAUCCACAGGUUGGAUCACAAGAAACUGCUCUGACCAUUUCCAGCCCACACAGCAGUUCUACUUGGUUCCACAGAAUACAUCCAUUGCUACUUAGAACCUUCAGCAAAAUACUUAUCUCACUGGCAUAAUCAGAUUUCUUAAUGAAUGACUAGACAUACUAGUCUACCAUCUUCCUGUUACAGUGCCUGUUCUCAGGCCUGAGUUACCCUUUGAGAAGGGAGAACAAGCCAUGGCUCAAGGUGUGUGGCACUUAGGGUUUUAUGUGAACAGUGGAGAGCCCCAAAUCUAAACUGGGGUAACCCUCGACAUACAACAGGAUUGAUGGCCCUGUCUUUGAGGCUAUCAGAGCUGGGCAAGGACGAGGGCACUGUGUGACAGAGUCCCCCUGCUGGGGAUCUUUGUUCAUACCUUUGGGGUGCCCAACACCUGGGCCCUCUUUAGCUCCUUACAUGGCUGUCCUCUGGGCAGGUCCUUGGAAUACAAAGGUUCUUAUAUUCCAGGUCCUUUAACCAUGAAUGAAAACCUCAGACUGAAUGCACUUAUGCUUUGUUCUAAAUAGCAGAAAUGUCUUCCCAUGAGCUGCCUUGAGGUGGAGACUGUGCAGUCACGGGCCCAUUGCCUCUGUGUGGCUGACCUCAGUGCAGAGGGCCCAAGGCUGAAACUCCCCAUCACCCAUUAGACUGACAUUUUAUUUCCGAGCUUCUAUGCUGUUAUUUUACUGAUACCUCAGACCUGAAACUUUAGUGUUUGAGCAAGGCAAAUUGGCUGCACUCAUGUGCCUGACUGGUGUAUAUGCAACUUACCACCCUCUGUGCCCAUUUGCGGAGCACUAGUGCUGCCCAGACCUGGCCCAACCACGAUGCCUCCAUGCUGUGAAGCCACCUUGGACCAGCCUGCCAGAUACUGUGGCAGUGUUGGGUCAGCAUUUCAUUUGGGUCAAGAGCUCCCUCUCUCCUGAGUGUCUAACCCUGGCACAGACCUGGGGAUGUGGCACUGUUUUAGGGCAUUCAGAGGUGAUCAUGGGGUCACCUGUGAGCCACUCUGCCCAAUGGCUGUUCACCCAGGAUCAUGCAGAAGGCCGUGGUGCUCAGAAUCUUAAGUACCUUUGCCCUAUUGAAAGUAUUACAUGACAUCACUUAAUUCCAGGUUUUCUCUUGACAGUAUUAACUCUAAGGUGUCUGCCAUCAUGUGUACCUGGCUUCCACCAGGCUGCCUCGAAGUGGGACCCCUCCCACUCCAGGGCUAUCAUGUUCAUCGCCUCCCCACCCAAGGGUCUGCACUCACAGUCCUGAGUUAAUGGUCCCAACUGUGGCCAAAGACAAAGUUUCCUCCAUAAACAAAGGGCAGUGGGCAGUUCCAAGGAGUGCAGGGGUGAGAUUCUUGGUGGGCCUGGUUAUCAUUUGAAACUUAUAUGGACUGACCCUGGACCCUCACAAUCUACUAUUACCUCCAGGGUCCUGAAACACUUUUUAAAUACUUUAAUGUGGCACCAAAUGGAAUGAAAGCAAGAGCUGUUUAUAGAUGAAGCAGCAUUUAAUGUUUCAUACAAAGCAAUGCCUAUCUUCAAACUUAGAAGUGCAUAUAUCUACAGAUGUGCUUUACUGAGAAGUUAGGUCUGUUACAGACCAGAAACGACAAGUUGUGAUCUCAUUUUAUUUUUUCCUUAGAAAACAUUUCUAUUUACCUAUAGUUAAUGUGUAAAUAAUGUACAUAUAUUGAUUUCUGGGAGUGUUUUGUUAUUCAAUGUAUAUAUCCCCUACAACUUGCAUGAAUAUUCUAUUGAUAUCAAAAGUGAACAGUAAAACUGAAAGGUGUAUGGCUGUGUUAAAACUUGCAAAUAUUGUC